CCCAGCCCGCUCCUGGGUCCGGGGACUCUGCCGGGGCCCCUGGUCGUCCUCCGCAGCGCCCCGAGCGAGGUAGCACAGCGGCACCGGCAGCCCACUCUGGAGCGCUUCGCACCCCCGCGCCUGCCCCUCAGGGGCCUCGGCCCACCCACCCCUGGAACAGCACUUCCCGCUCCUGUGUCUCCUGUUUCGAGAGGCCGUGAAGCAGCACCCCCAGCACACGCACGCACCUCGCCUUCUCCUCACCCCGCUGUUCUCUUCUCAUUACUUUACCCCCUUGCCGCCUCCACCACCCCAGCUGGGUGCCCCUAGAGGGCGGGGACCUUCGUCCUCUGGCGGCGGGGCCUGACACACAGCCUCGGAAACAUUCCAAGAAGGACCAGAGCUACGAGCACCCCAACAGGUAGUGCUGGGGGAUUCCCACCCUACAGCUGAGGACCUGGAGGCUGAGAGCUUACGUGACUUGCCCAAGGUCACGCCAGCUAACCACGUUAGACCCCACAAUCCAGGUUCUUGACCCCUGGCUGGGUGGCCUUGGGUUUCCCCGACCCUGUGGCCCAGGACAGGUGGGCGCUUGUUGGGGCAGUGGAAGGAGACCCUCCGGCCAGAAGGCAGCACCUAGUUCCCUAGCCGGCGGCUUCCUUGCCUCGCCUCCUCCUGGACUGGCGGGGACCCCCACCAAACUCCAGCAGUGGACACCCUGCUUAUCUGUGGGAGGGGAGUCCGAGCAGAAAGGCACCGCCAUGGCCUGAGGAAACAGCACGAGACAUGGAUUUGCUUCCCUGCUCUCUCACUUAAGCUGUGUGACCAUGGCCAAGUGACUUCACUCCUCUGAGCCACCCUUUGCUGACCCAGGGUCUGCGGGCUGGUGGUCUCCUCAACUCAGCUAUGGUGCAGUGCCCCAGAGGGCUUCUGUGCCUGGCCCACGAGGCAGGUCAGCCCAUCCAGUCUCCUGCCUCUGAGCAGGGCCACCUGGAAAACCUGAGGACAGCCCCAGCCUCAUUCCAAGUGUGUCCCCUUCGGAAGGUGCUGGCCCAGCCAGACUGCAGUGGAAAGCCUGGGAAAAGCAGAUCUGCCCCCAGAGAGACAACCUCCCUUCCCGUGGAGCUGGAAGCCAGGCACCCCGAGGGCCAUGCAGAAGGCAGGGGCUGGGGGCCGCAGGGCCUCUGACUGCGGGCUGGGCCCUCACCGGCCCAGGUGCAUCACCAAGUUUGCCCAGUACGUGGGCUCCUUCCCUGUGGACGACCUGGACACCCAGGAGAGCGUGUGGCUGGUGCAGCAGCAGCUGUGGGCGCUGAAGGGCUGUCCCCGGCGCCGGGCCGUCAUCCUGAAAUUCAGCCUUCAGGGUCUCAAGAUCUACAGCGGGGAGGGUGAGGUGCUUCUAAUGGCGCACGCCCUGAGGCGCAUCCUCUACUCCACCUGGUGCCCUGCCGACUGCCAGUUUGCCUUCAUGGCUCGAAACCCACGGAGCCCAGCCAGCAAGCUCUUCUGCCACCUCUUUGUGGGCAGCCAGCCAGGAGAGGUCCAGAUCCUGCACCUGCUCCUGUGCCGCUCUUUCCAGCUGGCUUACCUCUUGCAGCACCCUGAGGAGCGGGCACUGCCAGAGCCCUGCCCAGGACCCACAGGGGAGGUGCCCCUAAAGUCACUGUCCAGCUCUGGGGGCCCCCCUGGGGGCCUGGUGCGGGAGCCCUUCGGCCGUGAUCAACUCUCUCAGAACGUCCAUGCAUUGGUCUCCUUCCGGCGGCUGCCAGCAGAGGGGCUGGUGGGCAGUGGGAAGGAGCUGCCAGAGUCGGAAAGCCGCGCCCGCCAUGCCCGCCUGGGGAAUCCCUACUGCUCGCCCACGCUGGUGCGCAAGAAGGCCAUUCGCAGCAAGGUGAUCCGCUCGGGGGCCUACCGUGGCUGCACCUACGAGACCCAGCUGCAGCUGUCGGCUCGGGAGGCCUUUCCUGCCUCAUGGGAGGCAUGGCCCCGGGGUCCUGGUGGCCACUUGUGCCUGGUGGAGAGCGAGGGCAGCCUGACGGAGAACAUCUGGGCCUUCGCUGGCAUCUCCAGGCCCUGUGCCCUGGCCCUGUUGCGGAGAGACGUGCUGGGGGCCUUCCUGCUGUGGCCUGAGCUGGGUGCCAGCGGCCAGUGGUGUCUGUCUGUGCACACACAGUGCGGCGUGGUGCCCCACCAGGUCUUCCGGAAUCACCUGGGCCGCUACUGCCUGGAGCACCUGCCAGCGGAGUUCCCCAGCCUGGAGGCUCUGGUGGAGAACCACGCGGUUACUGAACGCAGCCUCUUCUGUCCCCUCGACAUGGGCCGCCUGAACCCCACCUACGAGGAGCAGGACUGUGGGCCCCCGGGCAGGCCGCCCCGGACUCUCCGGCCCCUCAGCCAUGCCAAGUCCGAGGCAGAGCUGCAGGGCCUGGGCUAAGAGGUAGGGCCCGGGUCCCACAGGCCCUGCCUCAUCCCGGCUCCUGGGACCCAGCAGUGUCUCUGCCCUUCCUGCACCCCUCUGGUCGCCAGUUCCAUCCAGUCACCCUGCCCUUGGAGCAGUCUUCCAUCACCUCACUGUCCGUGGGAGGGGAGCCCUGAGGUUGGAUAUCGCCAAUGGCUUCUCGCAGAACAUGUGGGCCGCUGAGAUUCCAGGAGGGCAGGUGGAGUUGCAGGCUUUGGGUAACCCAUUGGGUGGCUUUGGAUGACCUGCUGAGUGGCUUCGGAUGCUUUGGGACUUCUGGGCUUCCGCUUUACUCCUAGGACAGCAGCUUGUUCACGGCGGAGUUACCGCCCUCUCCUAAGGAGGCCAGGCCUUGGGGCCCUGACUGGGAGUCUCCAGAAAGCUCAUGAGACGAGUGAGGGAGAGGGGUUGGGGAGGCAGGAGUGAGUUUUCACUCUGGGCAAAGACCUGGAGUGAGCCAGUGUCUGUGAGAGCAGAGACUCUGGAGCUUGUGGGCAGGAGGCUGGGGAUGACCCCAUCUGGGCGGACAGAGCAGGGCUGUUUCUCACAUGUAUCUGAGAGCGAAGGAGGGGUAGGAAGGUGCAGAGAGGGCAGGAGGAACAGAGAGCUGGACCCAGCGCUCACGCACAGGUGGACUCCCGUGUGCAGAAAGGGAUGCACACCAGCAGAUAGGGCCAAGAAUCUCCAUGCUAUCUCCACUCAAAACCUCAGGGCUGUGACUCCCACUUUCUCUGAAGGGAUGCACAGGCUCACCCCUUCUCCCUAGGAAUCAUCAGGGCACCCCCACCCCCAGUUCAUCUCCUUUAGCCAUUUGAUAGGGAGGGGCCAGCAGUGAGCUGCAGGCUUAGAGGGGUGACCAGGGCUCUCCCCAACUCGACCACAUGUGGUUUGGUGGCUGCCUUGGGAGGGAGGCUGUCCAAUGCUGACAUUCCCCUUAGCAUGGCACUGUCCAUGGCUGUCAGGGGCCACCUUGCCUCACCAGGCCAGCCCCACUGGGAAUGGGGUCAGUCACAGCAGAACCGUUGAAAGGUGGACCUGAUGGGGGCCCUGCCAGGGGCACUUGGCCUCAGUGGGCCAUGGGAGACCCAGGGAAGCGACUCUAGUGUGAGGCAGUGGUCCUGCCAGGGACCGACAAACCCAGGUAGCCCUCUUUGUAAGCACACUUGACAAACAUGAAUCUACUGAACUCAGUUAUAGAACAAGUUCAUUUUGCAUGAACUUCUCUUAUUGAAGCAGAAGCCGCGUCAUGAGCCUGGGGGCUGCCCUCUCCCCGUCUGGGAGUGGGACAGAACUGUUCAGUGCCUUGAAAGUCACAGAUUUCUGACUCUUGGAAGGAAGUGGGCAGCCCACCAGAGCAGAAAGAAGGGAGGCAAACUUGGGGAGUGCGAAGCCAGCCUCCCAGAGGCCCAGGCCUCGUGUUCCCCACCUCCAACCCUCCAGCGAGGACAGGGGCUUGGCUUGGAACCUGGUAACUUCCUUGCAAGUUAAGUGAGCUAUCCUGUCACAAAAGAUAGAAGGAACUGCCCUUUGGGACUUCUUUAUGUUGAGUGUGAGUGGGAAGCUGGGACUCUGCUUUACAGCCAUCUGUGCUGGAGCCAUCCCCUUCCUCGACCAACCACUGGUCUCUAUGGGAGGCCCCAGCCUCACAUUUCCCUGGCAAGGAGAGAGAGGUUUAGCGAUGUCCUGGGCCCAGGAUUAUAGCCCAGAGAUGGGCAGUUAAGGAGACCUGGUCAUUGGUCCAGACUUGGGCCAGGGCUCUCCUCUGUGAGGGAUGGGUUUUACUGGUGAAUUACCUGUAUGGAGAAGCUAUCAGGGCCAUGUUUAGCACACUGAAGGGACCAGUCUCCACCAAGCACUUUAAUAUCCCUCCAGCCAGCAUUGAUUGAUCUCAUGUUACAGAGAGGGCAAGGUUUUUGGCACCUGUUUGCAGACUCCAUGUCUUAAUUAGGGACCACAGUUUUCUCUUUGUUCCAAUCAGUGCCACCUCGGUAGCCCCGCUUUCCUUGCUGUGUGGAUUUGAAACAAAAUAAAAUGUGUUGCUUCAGAUUA